UAAAAAUUCAAAUGGUUUGACUUGACGGAAAACUGAAAAGUGAAAGUCAAAGAAGGAGAAGUAAAGAUAGAAAUUUUACCGUAAAACCCUACUCCUUAUUUCCCUACCAACUGUAGUAAAAAAUACAAUGAAAAUAAUGUAAUAAUGCAGAAGUAAAUAAAACAUUGACUUCUUAGAAUCUUAUUGCAAUCUUAGAAAAGUCGUACCAUGUCUUCUCCAAUAGCCGCGAACUUUAACUUGCUAAGUUCUCGCGACGAUACUUCAAUAAAAAAUGUAUGGAAUUACAAUUUGUAUGAGGAAUUUCAUGUUAUUCGGCAGAUUGUUCAGAAAUAUCACUGGGUGGCAAUGGAUACUGAAUUUCCUGGUGUUGUAGCAAGACCAAUAGGUGAAUUUAGGUCCACUGCAGAUUAUCAGUAUCAAUUGUUGAGAUGUAAUGUAGAUCUUUUGAGGAUUAUUCAAUUAGGGCUAACAUUUAUGGAUGAAAAUGGUAAAACCGCUCCUGGAUGUUCUACUUGGCAAUUUAAUUUUAAAUUCAAUUUGCAAUCUAUUGUUACCAGGGAAGAUAUGUAUGCCCAAGACUCAAUUGAUCUUUUACAAAAUUCUGGACUUAAAUUUAGAGAACAUGAAGACCAUGGUAUUGAACCAUUAGAGUUCGCUGAACUACUGAUGUCUUCAGGAAUUGUUCUUAUGGAUAACAUUAAAUGGUUGAGCUUUCAUUCCGGUUAUGACUUUGGUUAUUUAUUGAAACUUCUGACAGAUCGUAAUCUACCUCAAGAAGAGAAUGACUUUUUUGAAAGCUUGCGAUUGUAUUUCCCUAAAGUUUAUGACGUCAAAUAUCUAAUGAAACUGUGCAAGAACUUAAAAGGUGGUCUGCAAGAGGUGGCUGAUCAAUUGGAGCUUAGAAGGGUCGGGCCUCAGCAUCAAGCUGGAUCUGACUCUCUUCUCACUGGAAUGGCUUUUUUUAAGAUAAAAGAGAUUUUCUUUGAUGGCAACAUUGAAAGUACCAGUGGACAUUUAUAUGGCUUAGGUGCACCAUUUUCUACUAAUGCAAAUAAUUUCCAAGAGAAUGGGGAGAAUGGUUCCUGACUGAGUGGAAGUGAGAAAGCGCUGAACGAACUAUUGGAAAAGCGUGAAUUAUUCAAAAAGUAAAGUGUUGAAUUGGCUUCGAGUUUGACAGUUCCAAUUGUCAAUGUCAAUGUACGAAACUCGCCAUAUUUAAACUAAAAAUUGAAUUUUCAUAAGCUUAAUCAUAUAUCUGUGUCUGUGAAGUAAACCAGAGACAAUAGACUCAAUUAUUGAUUCAAUAUUAAUAUCAAUAAAAUAAAUGUAUGUCAUUGUUCUGCAAUCCUAAUGUCAGCAUCGACUUAGCACAAACUAUAAUAAAGAUCUAUAUUUUUCACUAACACUUACACACUAACACAAAAAAUAUACUGUGUCUAGUUUACAGCGAGUAUUUCCCGUUGGAAGUACCCGCAAAUUUGCAUAAGACCGUAAAUUAAAAAAAUACAGAUCGACUCCUCCUCUUUAUAUUAUUUGAUUAAAAAUAAGUUGGUACAACUCACAGUAAAACUAUAUACCAUAUAAGAAAUUGCGUUGUAUUCUAGUAACUUGUUGAACAAUUCAAAAACUGGGAACACUAAUAAAUUUAUUUUAUUUUUUAUAUCACAAUUUAAACAGGUGCAAAUCGCAAAACCAAUUAUAGACUUGACAAAUUAUAAUAAAUUUAACACUUCAUAAAUAUAACUUGAGAAAACCGCGUUAUAUGGGGGACGGAAAUAGUGUUAUAGAAUACUAUAUAAUUUAUUUAUAUAACUUUGCGCUGAUAUUCUUCCGGUUUGUUAAUAUCCAAUAAAUUGAUGAGGGUAUUUUAAUAUACGAGAGUUAGGUCGUGUUUAAAUCUCGUCCGUUACGCUAAACUACUCUGAAUCUGUGGGUAGUUCCUAAAAACCCACAGAGAAUUGCUCAAUUUUAAUAUGAUUUAACGAUAUGUUAAGUUUGUUUAUUUUAAGCUGUUGUGAUGUUUAGUAGGUAUAGAUAGAUUACACAUUGUAAUUUAAGAUAUAUAUUGGCUUGUGACCAUAAUGUGAUAAUAUAUGUGUAAAUAAAAAUAAUUAUUACGCGU